UAGGAGCAGCGUCUUGACAAACAGGCACCAUGAAGCCGGAGCAGCGUGGCUCCGUUGGUCUCCUGCUGCUACUUUCUGUGACAUGGAGCGCAAACGGAGGUAACAUUUUGGUGUGGUACACUGAAGGCAGCCACUGGAUUAACAUGAAGCCUGUGCUCGAGAUGUUGGUCGACAGGGGACACCAGGUGAAGGUGCUGGUCCCAAGCACGUCCAUGUUCAUGAACUCUAGUGAACCUUCUCGCUUUGGCUAUGAACCCUUUAACGUCUCUGUCUCAUUGGAGGCUAUUGAAGAGUUUUUUGAAGAAUAUCUUCGCUUCUCAAUGUAUGAAAUGGACCAUUUGAGCUAUGUUCAGCUUUACAUCAAAUACAUGGAUAUGAUGAGGGUCGACCUGCAAUAUUCUUUGAAGUUUUUGGACGGUGUGCUGAAAUCAGAAAUCCUCAUGAAGAAGUUAAAGGAGGGAAAAUAUGACCUUCUUCUGGCUGACCCCAUUUACCCCGGUAGUGACUUAUUAGCAGAGAUUUUGGGCAUCCCCCUGGUCUUCUCUUUGCGCUUUUCCCUAGCCCACAACUGGGAGAGAUAUUGUGGUCAGCUCCCUGCUCCUCCCUCCUUUGUCCCUGGAGCUAUGAGCAAACUGACGGACAAGAUGGACUUCUCGGAGAGAGUGUGGAACUUCCUGUUCUACGCUUUGCAAGAUGUUGUGAUGAGUAACGUUUUUUGGAAAGAACUUGAUAAAUACUACUCUGAAGUCAAAGGAACACCCACCAGUGCCUGUGACACGAUGGGUAGAGCAGAUAUCUGGUUGAUGCGAACCUACUGGGAUUUUGAUUUCCCUCGUCCUUUCCUACCUAACUUCAAAUUUGUUGGUGGAAUCCACUGCAGACCAGCUAAGCCUUUACCAGAGGAUAUGGAAGAGUUUGUGCAGAGCUCUGGAGAUGCUGGCAUUGUGGUCUUCACUUUGGGAUCCUUCAUCAAGAACAUUACUACAGAGAAGGGAGACAUGGUCGCCUCAGCUCUUGCUCAGAUCCCUCAAAAGGUGCUGUGGAGAUACAGUGGAGAAAAACCAGAAACUCUGGGUGCCAACACCAGAAUAUACAACUGGAUCCCUCAGAAUGACCUGCUGGGUCACUCCAAGACCAGAGCUUUCAUCACCCAUGGUGGCACAAAUGGGAUUUAUGAAGCCAUCUACCACGGUGUUCCCAUGGUGGGCCUCCCGCAGUUCGCUGACCAGCCAGACAACAUGGUCCAUAUGAAAGCUAAAGGAGCUGCCAUUAUCGCAGACUUGAACUUCAUGAAGACUGAGGAACUUAGAGAUGCAGUCAAUACUGUCAUCAAUGACAAAUCGUACAAGGAGAAUGCCAUGAGGCUGUCCAGUAUCCUUCACGACAAACCAUUGAGUCCUCGGGAUGAAGCUGUGUUCUGGAUCGAGUUCACCAUGAGAAACAAAGGAGCGGAGCACCUGAGGGUUCAAGCCCAUGAGCUCACCUGGUACCAGUAUCACAGCCUGGAUGUCGUGGCCUUUCUCCUCACCAUGGUGUUGUUCCUCAUACUCCUCUUCAUCAAGACGUGCAGUUUCUGCCUCCGGAGGUGCUGUGGCAGAAAGGGAAAGACAAAGAGGAAGGCUGAGUAAAUUAUUGAAUUGAAAUGUUGCUGGUAAACAACAGAUGGAUGAAAAAAAACACCUUGUUGUUUAGUGGCUGUAUACAGUUAUUUUGUAACAAAAUCCACAAGACUAUCUGGUAUUGAAGUUCUUUGUGUAAAUAAACCAAAGUUACACUGUA